GUUGAGUACAACACUAUCGAAUGGCUGGUGGCUGACGGCUGACGAUCGGUGGAUUUUGGUUAGGGAAAAUUCUACAAAAUCUUCAAAAACAUUGUCAAAAAUGAAUUGGAAUACUUUCAGUUUGCUAAACUUUAAAUUUUUAGCAACAUGUAUCAUUUUGAUAUGUCACAGCUUUUAUAACCCGACCGAUAGUGGUGCAGUUCAGAUUACACAGAGCAAUUUAGACAUGGUGUUAGCUUCCAAUGAGAUUGUGUUCAUUAACUUCUAUGCAGAAUGGUGUAGGUUCAGCAAUAUGCUCAUGCCAAUAUUUGAUGAUGCAGCCGAUGAGGUGACCAAAGCAGGUUAUGACUCUGGCAAAGUUGUCAUGGGCAAAGUAGACUGUGAUAAAGAAGGCGCUAUAGCCACUAGGUUCCAUAUUACCAAGUACCCUACAUUAAAACUCUUCCGUAAUGGAUUGCCUGCUAAGAAGGAAUACAGAGGUCAACGGUCUGUGGAGGCUUUCUCCGAAUUUAUCAAAAAGCAAUUAACUGAUCCAGUGGUCACAUUUAGUGCACUGAAAGAGUUGCAUGACCUCAGUGAGGACAAGAGGCAUAUUAUUGCUUACAUGGACCGGAGAGACCAACCAGAGUAUGAGGUGCUCCGGAAAGUAGCUGCCAGUCUCAAGGAUGAGUGCCUCUUCCACGCUGGCUUUGGAGAUGCAUCUGCUCAAAUGCAUCCACCAGGCCAACCGAUUGUAGUGUUUAGGACUGAUAAGAAAACAUCAACAGAGCCAGAUGAGACAUACAAAGGUUCUUUGCUCAACUUCGAAGAUUUAUAUGCAUGGGUACAAGAGAAGUGCAUCCCUCUAGUAAGAGAGAUAACAUUUGAGAAUGCUGAGGAGUUAACCGAAGAGGGUCUGCCGUUCCUCAUCCUGUUCCACCACCCUACAGACACGGAAAGUGUAAAGAAGUACAAGGAAAUCAUCAGUAAUGAGCUUGAGGCAGAAAAACAGAACGUGAACUUCCUGACAGCUGAUGGUGUAAGGUUCGAGCACCCGCUGCACCACCUCGGCAAGUCCAUUUCGGACCUGCCUCUGAUCGCCAUCGACUCCUUCCGGCACAUGUACCUCUUCUCCGACUACAAUGACAUGGAGAAGCCGGGUAAACUGAAGCAAUUCCUGCAGGAUCUUUAUUCAGGGAAAUUACAUAGAGAGUUCCACUACGGCCCGGAUCCAGUGCAGCCGGCGCUGUCGCACGACGUGAAGGUCACCACGCCUCCAGAAUCCACCUUCAAGAAGUUGGCGCCCUCCAAGAACAGAUACACAUUGCUCCGAGACGAGUUAUAAGCCCAAUGUGUCUAGCCAAUACAUGCUAGGUUAAGCCGGACACUACACUAAAUCCUACUUAACUCCUUAGAAUUCUGAAAAAUAACGUUGUUUUUUAUUGUCUCUUUUUUCGAACUUCGUUACAGUGAAGAAUCGCUGGCCUCCAACAAAACCUAAUUGUAUUUCUACUUACUUGAAAUGUUUGUUGAAUUAAUUUAUUGAAGUAUAUUUCAGCGUAGUAAUACUGGAAUAAAAAAGUGUGGCCAUUUCUGCAAGUAAGCAUUUACUUGAUAUGAAAAGUAUUAAUAAACUAUUAUUUGGUAUGUUUCCUCUAUCCAACUAUCGAAAUCAACUUUCAUUGUGUAUCAAAAUACGUGGUCAGUUUAACAAGUGGUCAACAUUUAAAUGUUAACAAUAUUUAUUGCAGAAUGGAACUUUAAAAUAUGAUCGCCACCGUACCAAUAACUGUCUAAACAAAAGUUUACUUGUAUAACACAUUUUGUUCUAAAAUUUAUAUUAACAAUUUUGUUGGUCCACUAUUUAGUUGUAGUACUAUUUUUAAAUGUUAUUUAUGUUUACGAAUUUAAAUCAUUUAAAUUUAAUUCCGGAUCUGAAACAAUUUAUAAAGAUUGGAGUAUCGUGAGUACAUUUACGAUUUACAUUUUUUGCAUUUGUUUCUAGGCGCGAUAUUUUAUAAUUACCGUUACAUAUUUACUUACUUUCGAUACCUUUUACCAUGAUAAUUGUUUUCGUUCAAAUAUAUUAUCGACUCUCUUAGAACUUAUUUGGCAUCGAUAGUAUUCAUAUCAAAUUUUGAACAACUAUAAGUACCUAAAUAUUGCAGUUUCUAUAUGAUAAUAGUCAUUUAGAAACUAUUAUUUAGAAACCACUAUUAUUUUGACUAUUAUUUACGUCACUCUAAGUUUAAUAUUCUCACAGUUUUCAUAAGUACACACUGAAAUCCCUACUUAUGGAAUCCUUAUGUAUUUUUUUUAUAGUUUAGCAAUUCCGGUGCCUGUAGGUAUAAUAUUAUUAUGAUUGUACAGUUUUGUCUACUAGCGUAUUUUGUCGUUGUUUGAUGAAUAAGUGCGAUUGUUUCACGACUCCUGGCGCAUGAUUUGUCAAAGUAACGAGAGUUGUACAUUCCUCGAUCUGAAGCUGAGUAGCUCCGGUCCGCCGGAGGCCCGUGUUGCUCUAUGCUGAGUAGUCAUUACUUACCUAAGUAUGUGUAAUGGUUGUACAAAAUGUAUGUUUUGUGACGUGUGUUGUAAUAAAAAUUUCGAGCCUCAA